CCGGUUCUCGACGUCGAACCGAUUUCUGUAAGUAAAGUUUUUCCAAAAACUGAAAAAAAGGAAAGUGGGGUUAAACCGAAGAUGGUCAACCCAGUUUCGUCUUUGAAACCGGGUUCCGGGUUUGUUAAGAAAGAAGUGAAAAAGGGCGUGGAAGAAGAAAAGAAGGCAGUAAGUUUAGGUGUGGUUGAAACCGGUGAUUUUGCAGAAGAGGCUGAUUGGUUAAUAGUCGGUCGGACCGCGAUAACCGGUUUAUCGACAACAAAAGGGCGGGAGUUAGUCGAUAACGAGAUUGUUCAUUUUGCAUUUCCUAAUAAUGAUAUAAAAAGUAGUAAUAAUAGUUAUUGGACUACUUCAAAAGCUGCUUCUGGAAUUGUUAGAUUCUCGACUAAAAGAUCUGGAGAGAUUGGUAGGCUGCCAAUGGAAUGGUCAAAGUGUUUAAUUCCGCUUGUGAAUUCGAAUAAAGUAAAAGUACUUGGUAGAUGUGUGGCUGCACCUGAGAAUCUUAGUAUGAUGCAAGAGAUAUUGCUUUAUAUAAGCUUUUAUAUUCAUCAUUCGAUAUUUACGGACGAGGGAAAGUGUACAUGGAAGUUGGAUUGUUCGUCGAAUAUUGACUCUACUAUUUAUCCUCUUUUGACUUUGUUUAAGCUGUUGAAAAAGAGCCCAUUCCAAAAGGCUGAAUUCACACCGGAGGAACUUGAUUCUCGUAAACGUGGGUUAACUCUUGGGAGUGAUUUGCUGCAAGCUGCAUCAUCCUUGCCGUCAAAAAAACAAAAGGGUGGUGAACCAUUGCUUUUAGAACCCAACAAAGAUGCUCAAGUCAUCACUGAGUCGUCUUUGAACAAGCUUGUUGGUGCUGCAGAUAUGUAUAACUUGGAGGAAAUGGAGCCUCCAAUGACACUUAUCUGUGACUUGAGGCCAUACCAGAAGCAGGCUCUCUAUUGGAUGACAGAAUCAGAAAAAGGUGUAAAUGUUGAAAAAGCAGAAGAAACACUUCAUCCGUGCUGGGCAGCAUAUCGUAUAUGCGAUGAAAGGGCGACUGCAAUAUAUGUAAAUAUCUUCUCUGGUGAAGCAACUACCAAAUUCCCAAAAGCAACACAGAUGGCUAGAGGAGGAAUUCUAGCAGAUGCAAUGGGACUUGGUAAAACUGUGAUGACCAUUUCUUUGAUCCUUGCAAGACCUGGCAAAGGAAUCACUGAAAAUGAAGAUGAAGAUGAGUGCGUUGGAAAGAGAAGAGAUUAUGAAACAAAGGCUUCUCGAAGACCAAGAGGUGGAACACUCAUUGUUUGUCCAAUGGCUUUGCUUAGCCAAUGGAAGGAUGAGCUUGAAACCCAUUCUGCAGCAAACAGUAUAUCUGUUUUUGUUCACUAUGGUGGUGAUAGGAGCAAUGACCCAAGAGUGAUAGCUGAACCUACUGUUGUCUUGACAACUUAUGGAGUUCUUUCUGCAUCUUAUAAAAGCCAUUCGGAGAACAGUAUUUUUCAAAAAGUAGAUUGGUACAGAGUGGUGUUAGAUGAAGCUCAUACCAUCAAGGCACACAAGAGCCAAUGUGCUCAAGCCGCCUUUGCAUUGUCUGCAUACUGCCGGUGGUGUCUUACUGGUACUCCUCUGCAGAAUAAUUUGGAAGAUCUAUACAGUCUUCUGUGUUUCUUGCAUGUUGAGCCAUGGUGUAACUGGGCCUGGUGGAACAAGCUAAUUCAAAGGCCUUAUGAAAAUGGUGAUAAGCGAGGGCUAAACCUUGUAAAAGCUAUUUUAAGGCCACUCAUGUUGAGGAGAACAAAAGAUACCAAAGAUAAAGAAGGAAGGCCAAUUCUUGUUCUCCCACCAACUGAUAUCCAAAUCAUUGAAUGUGAACAAUCAGAAGCUGAACACGACUUCUAUGAUGCCCUUUUCAAGAGAUCUAAAGUCCAAUUUGAUCAAUUUGUAGCCCAAGGAAAAGUUCUUCACAACUAUGCCAAUGUCCUUGAGCUCCUACUUAGAUUAAGACAAUGUUGCAAUCACCCAUUUCUUGUUAUGAGCCGAGGUGAUUCUCAACAGUUUUCGGACCUAAACAAACUUGCAAGAAGGUUUCUUGAUAAUAAUCUUGAUUCAUCAGACCCAAAUCCCAGUAAAGCUUAUAUAGAAGAAGUUGUUGAUGGUUUAAGAAGGGGUGAAAACACUGAAUGUCCCAUAUGUCUAGAGUCUGCAGAUGAUCCUGUGCUUACACCAUGUGCUCAUAGGAUGUGUAGAGAGUGUCUUUUGUCUAGCUGGAGAAGCCCGGCUUAUGGCUUAUGCCCUAUUUGUAGGCAAACUUUGAGAAAAAGUGAUCUUAUCUCAUGUCCAACUGAUAGCAAGUUUAGAGUUGAUGUUGAGAAGAAUUGGAAAGAAUCUUCUAAGGUUUCAAAACUUUUGGAAUGCUUGGAAAACACAAUGAAAAAAGCAUGUGGAGAGAAAAGUAUCGUUUUUAGUCAGUGGACCUCGUUUUUGGAUCUCUUAGAGAUUCCAUUGAAGAGGAAAAAGAUCGGGUUUCUAAGAUUUGAUGGAAGUUUGUCACAGAAGAAUAGGGAAAGGACUUUGAGAGAGUUCAACGAAACAACUGAUAAAAUGGUGUUGUUAAUGUCAUUAAAAGCCGGUGGUGUUGGGUUGAAUUUGACUGCAGCUUCAAACGUAUAUCUUAUGGAUCCGUGGUGGAAUCCUGCAGUAGAGGAGCAGGCAAUAAUGAGAAUUCAUCGUAUUGGUCAAAAACGAACUGUUUGCGUUAGAAGAUUCAUUGUGAAGGAUACUGUCGAGGAACGAAUGCAACAAGUUCAGGAAAGGAAGCAACGGAUGAUUGCCGGAGCUCUUACUGAUGAGGAAGUCCGAUCAGCUCGACUUGAAGAACUUAAGAUGCUCUUUAGAUGAACUUAAAGUAUUCUCAGAUUUCCCUUUUUUUUUUUAAUUUUAUUGAAAUGGUAGUAACAUGGUUUAGGCCUUUUUUGGAGUGUAGUAUCUAUUGUGUAGUCUAGUUUAUCACCACUCCUAUUUUUUGUAUA